AUGGACGAAAUCACGCCGGUCCCGGGCCCGGCCUCGCGCCAUGAGCGACUCGCUGCUGCUGCUGCUGUGCCCAACAGCAACCCCGACGACACGGCCGCCGCGCCCGCCUCGUUUGAGGACAUUUCUCGAGACGUCCUCGACGAGGAGCCCGACUCGGACAGCGGCCCCUUUGCCUUUUCCACCACGCAGCUCUACAAGCUCCUGACGUACCGCAGCAUGGCCGCCCUCGACGUCUUUGGCGGUCUCUACGGCCUGGCCGGCGGCCUGCGAGCCAACGUCGCCACGGGCCUCAGCGCCGACGAGGCCAAGCUGCCCGGCCGCAUCACCUUUGACGAGGCCGUCGCCGCUGCGAGGGAAGAACGCGAUCCCACCAUCGAACAGGUCCUGCCCUCCAGAUCGACCGGCACCGGCCUCACGCUGCGAAUAGGAGACGAGCCCGACAGCCACUUUGUAGACCGCCGCCGCAUCUAUGGCGCCAACCGACUGCCGCGACGACCCCAAAAAUCCUUCUUCCGCCUCAUGUGGAUUGCCUUCAACGACAAGCUCCUCAUACUGCUGACCAUUUCCGCCUGCAUCUCCCUCGCCAUUGGCAUCUACCAGUCCGUCGACGCCAAGAGCAAGAAUGCCAACAUUGAGUGGGUAGACGGCGUCACCGUCGUCAUUGCCAUUCUCGUCAUCAUCUUUGCCAGCGCCGCCACCGACUGGCAGAAAAAUCACAAGUUUGAAAAGCUCAACGAGCGUAAAUCCCAGCGCGAUGUUGCUGUCCUGCGUCAUGGCAGGAUUCAGCACGUCUCCGUCUACGACGUCAUGGUCGGCGACGUGCUGCACGUCGAAGCUGGCGAGGUGCUUGCCGCCGACGGUGUCCUCGUCAGUGCUGCUGGCUUGCACGUCGACGAAUCCUCGGUCUCUGGCGAAGCCGGCCUCGUUCACAAGACCCUCGCAAACGACCACGACCCGACCCAUGCCACCCGCGCCGACCCCUUCCUCUUCAGCGGCACCACCAUCUGCCGCGGUGUAGGCCAGUACCUGGUGACGGCGGUAGGUGCCAACUCGACCUAUGGAAGGACACUCAUCUCCCUGCGCGAAGAUGUGGAAGAGACACCUCUCCAAGCCAAGCUCGGCCGGCUCGGAAAGCAGCUUAUCCUGUUUGGUGCCGCCGCCGGCUCUGUCUUCUUCCUCAUCCUCUUCAUCCGCUUCAUGGUCAACUUGGACGACCUCAAGGGCAUCGGGCCAUCUGAAAAGGCCGAGAAAUUCUUUGGAAUCUUGAUUCUGGCCAUUACCGUAGUCAUCAUUACGGUUCCUGAAGGCCUCGCUCUCAACGUCACCAUCGCCCUUGCUUUCGCCACCAAGCGCAUGCUGAAGGACAACAACCUAGUUCGCCUCAUUCGAUCCUGCGAAAUCAUGGGCAACGCGACGACCGUGUGCUCCGACAAAACUGGUACAUUGACCCAGAAUAAGAUGACGGUUGUUGCUGGUCGGAUCGGUCUAGAAUGCAGUUUUGACGACACAGAGACUAAAGAGGCCGUGCCUGGUGCGCCGACUACAGUCGUGGUCAAGAGCGAGACCUCGAGCUACGCAACCUCGCAUCUAUCAACUGACCUGCGUGAUCUUAUCAAGGAUAGCAUCGCUUUGAACUCGACAGCCUUUGAGACCGAUGAUAGCUCCAAGCCCAACUACGUUGGCUCUAGCACAGAAACCGCUCUGCUCAAGUUCUCUCAUGAUCAUUUGGGGAUGGGGCCGCUUCGCGAAGAGCGCGCCAAUACGCCCGCGCUCACAAUGUUUCCCUUUGACUCGACGAGGAAGUGGAUGGCUGUUCUCAUCAAGCUUCCCAACGGACGGUAUCGCCUGCUCAUCAAAGGCGCCGCGGAAGUUGUAUUUGAGUAUUGUGCCUAUACCAUUUCUGAUACGGAAUACCGCAUCAGCACCGCCCGUCUAAGUGAGGAGGAUCGAACAAGCGUACGCGACUCUAUCCAGGAGUAUGCUGGACAGAUGUUGCGCCCGGUCGCCGUUGCUUUCCGCGAUUUUGAAGCUUCAGAGGUGUUUGACAGCCCAGACGACGACCCGGCGGCGGUCAAUCUGGAAUGGUUCGCUUCCGGCCUUGUCCAUGUUGGCUUGUUUGGCAUCAGAGAUCCUCUUCGACCGGAAGUUGUUGACUCUGUCAAGAAAUGCCAAGAGGCUGGUGUUUUUGUUCGCAUGAUUACUGGUGACAACUUCGUGACAGCCAAAGCUGUUGCGACUGAAUGUGGCAUCUAUACGUCUGGCGGAAUUGCCAUGGAUGGGCCGACUUUCCGAAGAUUGUCUCCUGAACAACUUGACAGCGUCAUUCCUCGCCUCCAGGUCCUCGCGCGAUCUAGCCCCGAAGAUAAACUUCUAUUGGUGUCGCGCCUUCGUGGCAUGAAAGAAACAGUUGCUGUCACCGGCGACGGUACCAACGACGCCCUUGCACUGAAGGCCGCCGAUGUCGGCUUCGCCAUGGGGUUGCAGGGCACAGAGGUCGCUAAGGAGGCAGCGUCCAUUAUCCUACUCGACGACAACUUUGCUUCCAUUGUCAAGGCUCUGAGCUGGGGCCGUACCGUCAACGACGCCGUGAAGAAGUUUUGCCAGUUUCAGUUUACAAUCAACAUUACGGCCGGUAUCAUUACAGUCGUGUCAGAGCUGGUAGGAGACUCCGUCUUUACCGUGGUUCAGCUUCUCUGGAUCAACUUGAUCAUGGACAUCUUUGCUUCUCUUGGCUUGGCCACCGACCAUCCUUCUCCAGACUUUUUGAAGCGAAAGCCUGAACCCCGCAACGCCCCGGUUGUCAGCAUAACCAUGUGGAAGAUGAUUCUCGGACAGUCCAUCUACCAGCUCCUUGUCAUCUUCUUGGUUCAUUACAUUGGAUGGGACAUCUUUGACCCUACCACCACAAACGAUAUUGAGAAGCUCCAAACCUUUGUCUUCAACAUCUACGUCUGGAUGCAAUUCUUCAACCAGCACAACUGCCGACGAGUCGACAACAAGCUCGAUAUUUGGUACCAGGGUGUAUUGCGCAACCCUUGGUUCAUUGGCGUCCAAUGCCUCACCCUGGCUGGCCAGUUCAUCAUCAUCUUCAAAGGUGGCGAGGCAUUCGACACGGUACCCCUCAGUGGUGCCCAGUGGGGGUGGAGUAUGCUCUUUGGCAUACUCACCAUUCCGCUUGGUGCACUGAUCCGCCAGGUCCCUGACCGCUGGGUCCUACGUUUUUUCCUAGCCAUCAAGUCUGCCUUCAUGACUGUCACCGGCCCCGUGCAGCGCCGCCUGCCGCGCCUGCGCAAGAAGAAGCAGCAGCAAGACGCAGAGGAGCAAGCUAGGCAGCCCGAGCCCCUCAGCGCGGUGGAGGAGAUGAUGUCCCGCCACGGCCGCCAGCUGCUGCAGCAGCUCAAGGGCGAGGGCCAGGAUCUCGAGAUGACGCCCGAGCAGCGCCAGGCCCUCGAGAUCGCCGCCCAGCGCGCCCGCGACGACGGCGCGGAUCAAGACAAGCCCGAGCGCGAGGUUGAUCUCCUCGGCCUCAUCGAGGCGGCCAAGGUCGGCCGCUCCGUGGACCGCGACCUGCUCGAGAUUCACCCGCGCACGCCCAAGGAGGACCCAAUCCUCGGCACAUGGAUCAACCACCGCGUGCCCCCGAGCCAGGAUGAGAACAUACUGCGCUACAUGAAUGCGGGCAAGGAGGAUGAGACGCCGCGGCGGCGCCGCAACAGAGUCCCGGCCACAUAUAAAUGGGUCGAGCCGACGAGGCCGCAGCUCACGCACACACGACCCAAGGCGCGCAACGGGUUCACGUGGGAGUCGUUUCUCCGCUCUAAACGUCGAUAG